GCUGGAAAGAGAACCAACGAGGAAGACAACCCGGAAGAGGAGGUGUUUUCACUGCGGUGUCCACAUGUGUCCUGUAGUCAUGCUGAGUAAUGUAAGCAGAGGAUUAUAAAAGAGGUAAAACAGCGAUAUGAAGAGUGGACAAGUCUUAUAGCUCGUUAAAGACAGUGUUCGAAGAUGCUGAGUGAUACGGAGGCUGCAGAGCUGCUCUCCUUCCUAAGCCCCAGUACACGUCCUGAUGUCAAAAGUCACACCACAGGGUACAUCCUGGGACUGUCUGGAAACAGGGAUGGCUGUCGCUUCCUCCGCUCUAAACCUGACUUACUUGUUGCCAUGUUUGCGCUGACGUCUGACCCCUCUGUUGCUAUCGCGAAGGACUGUUUCCACAUCCUCGUCAACCUGUCAGCUGACGAGACUCUGCACCAGGUUUUGGUGGAAGAUGUCAAAGUUCUUCCGGUGUUGUUAAAGAAGCUUCUGGAUCCAGAGUACCUGUUCUCUGAUCGGAUCUGCUCCAUCCUGUCCAACCUGACCCGCCAUAAGAAGACCUGCAAGACUGUGUUCAAGGUCCUCCAAGAGGAGGUUGGUCUGCCGAAGCUGGUGGAGAUCUUCUGCACUGAAGGUUACAACGAGAAGGCUCAGCUCCACUAUCUGGGUUCUCUGUUGUCCAACCUGACACAGCUGCCCGAGACCAGGGACUACUUGAUGGACAAGGACAGGUGUGUAAUCCAGAGGUUGUUUCCCUUCACUCAGUAUCAGGCAUCAGCGGUGAGGAGGGGUGGAGUCGUCGGGACUCUGCGCAACUGUUGCUUUGACCACGUCCAUCAUGAGUGGUUGCUCAGCGACGCUGUGGACAUCCUGCCCUCCCUCCUGCUGCCACUGGCCGGUCCAGAGGAGCUGACGGAGGAGGAAAAUGACGGUCUGCCUGUGGACCUACAGUACCUCCCCGAGGACAAGAAGAGAGAAGAAGACCCCGACAUCAGAAAGAUGCUGCUGGAAACACUUUUACUGCUGACAGCGACCAGACCCGGCCGGGACAUACUGAAAGACAAGAACGCUUAUCUAAUCAUUAGAGAGUUACACCGCUGGGAGAAGGACGUCCACGUUGCAGCAGCCUGUGAGAAACUGGUCCAGGUGCUGAUAGGAGACGAGCCAGAGCAGGGGAUGGACAACCUGAUGGAGGUGGAGAUUCCUGAGGACGUGGAGGUGAAACUGAAGGAGGCAGACACCAAAGAACAGCAGGAGCUGGAGAAAGAGGCGGAGCAGAUGAGACAGGAGGAGGAGGAGGAGAGGAAGAAGAAGAGUGAUGCAGAGGAGACAGACAAAGAACAGGAGAGUGGACUGAUUCGAUAAAGCCUGUUUUUAGAACUGGCUUCAUCUACUGUAUCUGUUAAAGUGAUGGCUUUUUGUCGUUGUUCAUUACGACUUUAUUCAAGACGUGACAAGACGUUUAGAAAAAGCCACGAUGCUGUGUGAUCUCUGUCAGCUGGUCCACAGACGGAGCGGUAUCACUGCUGGAGAACAGCACUGAGUUGAAAAGGCUACAUCAUUUAUUACUGAAUUUAUUUGCUAUUCCUCUUUCUUACACCACAAGGGGAAAAAAUAAUUUCAUAGAUGGAUCUAACAUCAGAAAAAGUCUCAACAUCUCAUAAUUGCCUCAUUCACAGUGUUUCAUGAUUUUAUUAUCAUUUUUAUUAAAAAUGACAA